CCCCUUUUUUGUCGUUCUGGAAGGUGUGCCAGAGGCCUCCCGUUGUCUUUUGUUUCCAAACCUCGGCUGAUAGACAGCUCCUUUUAAAGUAAGGAUGGAACCGCUGAAAGAUGCUUCCGCUGCUGUAACCAGUGCUGAAAAUCCAAAGAUCAAAGAAGAGGUACUAAGUAGCGAUGAAUAUAAUUGUCCUGAAAAAGUUGCAACAAGUCGCAAGUCUGCAAGUGGAGAAGAACGAGAAUUCAAGGUGACAUUCGGUAAAGAUGGAAGGAAGCAUCUAGUGAGAGGCAGACUUACCGACAGUCUGUUUAGUGCCCUCAGGUCUAAUCAUCUUGUUUGUGCCUGGAUGGACAGAAACAAGAGAAAAGAGUUCCACUUAAAAGAGAAGAAAGAGUCUUGGGAUUGCUUCAUCAAUCUGGGAAUGCCUUUAAAGUAUGUACCUGAUGGCUCACUAUUUGAAAUGAAGUCCUACAAGCUAACUGAUGAAGUAUGGUAUCGCCAAUAUGACGAUAGGAAAGAAUGUAUAUUGUUCUAUGUCCAAGGAAAAGGUUCUAGAAUGGAAAGCCAUGGAAAACAAAGCCGUACGGUAAUAAAAAACGGCAGCCUAAUUAACGAAUAUUGCACAUUUUGUAUCUUUGCCCCUAAAGAAGAAUCGAUAAAAGAUGCCCUGUGCAAUGAUGGCCGCUUUCUGCCAUUGCUGAAAGAAGAGAAUUGGACACUGGUAAAAAAAGGAACAAUCACAGAAAACAAUUACUUAGUUAAGAUCUUAUCAGAUCAACCAGAUGAAGUUUAUGAAAUUCACGUGGAGUCUAAAAAAGGUGCCAGAUACAGUGGUGAUCUAAACAAGAAACAGAAUGAUUUAGACUUGGCGGGGGGGCAGCUGAGUACCCUUGAAAAGCCACAGGGACAGCCGGACUUUGAGGAGGGACAACUCAGUGCUUCUAAAACACAACAGCCACGGCCAGACUAUGAGCAGGGACAGCUCGGUACUUCUAAACUACAACAGCAGCAGGAGUUUGAAUACCAGCUCCUGCAUUUGUAUCCUAAGCUGAAGAAAGAAGGGCAAAAGGUUUUCAAAUUUUUGACACUUAAUAACAAGGACUUUGAAGUUUGUAAGAAAAACUUUGGAAAGGAGGUAAAUGACUCUCUUUCAGCUAUGUUGAUGGAGACACUUGUUACCCGUAUGAAUUCAGUUGGAUAUAUAGAUUGGAAGAAUGACUUAGGAUGCGUUCAAGGGUCUGCAACUUGCUUUGUUCUCCAUGGUAGAUAUAUAUUAACAUGUCACCAUGUAGUAAAGUCGAUAGUUGGAGAAAGAACUGAAGCAAAGGACUGGGGAAAGAGAAUCAAGCAGUUAGCCCGUGUAACUUUCUCUUAUAAAAAAGAGCAUCCUCCUAGAGAAAAGUGGUUCUCAUUGGAAAACUGGUUUGAAAUAUCAGAUGAGGAUCUUGAUUUUGCUGUCCUGAAAUUGGAAGAAAAUGAAAGUAAAAGUCAUCCUCCACCAGGACUGUUGCAAUUUCAUUCCCCACCACCACCAAAUGGUCCCAUUUUUAUCACAGGUCACCCAAAGGGAGGAAUCAAGUCUACGGAUGUUUGUGUUGUUGUCAGUGUAUUUGAGCGUGGCAAUGAAUAUAGCAAUCAUUUGCAGCAACAGCAGAAAAUUGAAUGCAGCAAAUAUGUGUGUGGUUACAACUCAGAAAAAAAAUGCAUCCAUACGUAUAAUCCAAAAGGUUUUGACCACAAAAAAAAUAGUCCUCAUCUUGUCACUUACAAUACCUGUUUUUUUGAGGGCUCAUCGGGUUCACCGGUGUUUGACAAAAAUGGGCAACUUGUUGCUAUGCACGCUGCUGGAUUUGCUUAUAAAAUGAGAAACAAAGAGUGUAGCAUAAUUGAAUGGGGCUAUUUAAUUUGCUCAAUCAUUUUAAAAAUGCAAUCCAAAUUUAAAUCUUGGUUUGAUUCUACAUUUCCUCCUGAUACAAGUGAAGAUAGUUCACAUGUGGAUGCGUUUCAGAAUGAGGCAGAGGAGAAAAUGGAUUGUAGUUAAUACAUUGUCAAAUAUAUUUGACUUCUC